UUCAAGUUAGUAAUUUCAUUAUAAUACAACCAAAUAGCAAUCCAAUAUCGACAAAAAUUAUGGCGACAGCUGCAUCGGGCGGGAAUGAUGACUCGAAAAUGAUCGCAGAGUUGAGAGAGAAGUUUAACAAGAAAUUUGUUGAUCCUCCUUCUGCCCGACUCGCCAAAUUUGACGAACACGAUGUGAUGCGGAUUCAUAACGAUGACUUGCUUGCACUCUCGUUCCUUCAUUGGAAAAAAGAGGUUAUUGAUGACGCAGUUGAAUUAGCAGCAUCAUGCCUCGAGUGGCGAAAAGAAAAUGAAAUGAGAGAUAUCUCCGUUGAAAGUAUCGGACAGAAAUACAUGGAAAAGGGAAUAAUUUACGUUUAUGGAAGAGACCUAGAGGGACAUAGAGUCAUGUGCUUGAUCGGAAGAAUGCAAAAUAAGGAUGAAAAAGAUCAGAUUCGGCAGCUGUUAAUGUUCUGGCUGGAAAGAUUGCAGAGGUACGAACCUGGCCAGCAUGUUACCUUCAUUCUCGACACGAACAAAACUGCAAUGGGUAACGUUGACCUUGGAUUAAUUCGAUUCAUUAUCGACUCGUUUACGUCAUAUUUUCCUGAUUUAUUAGAAAAAAUCAUCAUUCUUGAUAUGCCUUGGAUUAUGAAUGCAAUUUGGAACAUAGUGAAGCAGUGGAUGAGCGAAGAACAACGUAGCAAAACUGUUUUCUGCAGUCGAAAAGAUUUGAAAAAAUAUAUUUCACCCGAUCAACUUCCGAAGUCAAUGGCUGGGACGGUCGACUGGACCUAUUCCUUCCCGCCGUUCCCAGACGAUUUAGGCCAAGAUCAUGACUUUAAAAAUGAUCCAAAUAACUUCAAAAAGAAAGAAGAAAAAGCUGAAGAAAAACCUGGUCCGUCAACAACUACUGAUGCUGUUCCUCUUGUAAACGGGGAGGUUACGCAAGAGCGAUCACCAGACAAUGGAGAUUUCAAUAACAACAACCAUAACGCUGAUGAAUCUUCAUCCACCACAAAUGUUAGGAAAAUUAUGCCGGUUAAGAAGCUAGCCAAAAACCCACCCGUAGAUAAGAAAGUGGUGUAUGCUGAAAAUGGGGAACCACAACUUCCCGUAACUAAGAGCUCCACCGAUAUGGACAUGAGAACAUCAACUCCGAUCAAGCAAGAUCCCUCUCUGAAGAAAUCUUCAGGCCAAGAACAGCAAACAAAUGGACAAAUAACAGGAUCAGAAAAAGUGAAGCCCCAGCGACCCAAUACAACAGACGGAAAACUAGAGAAGCAUGCGUCUAAUGUAUCAUUUCAAAGUGUUAAAGGAAUGGAUGAAUCAAGAAACGAUGCUUUGCCUCGAAUUGACAGCAGAAUUAAAGUGGAAACCGAUGAAAUAUUACUUGGUAACCAACUGGUUAUGAGCCCUGUAUCUGAGCUGACUUUCAAGCUUGAAGGAGAGCGCUUAGAAGGCUACAUGAGAAUUCGAAAUCCAAAUCCAGCCACCGACUUCGAAGAUCGAGUGUACGUGGCCUACAAAGUUAAAACUACGUCACCAGAGAGGUACCAUGUCAAGCCGAGUGUUGGAGUGGUCUCGCCAGGUGAAUCGAUCCAGAUUCGAAUUUAUUUGGAAACCGGCCAUGAAUCCGCAAUGCCGAAGGAUAGAUUUCUUCUACUGUACAAGCAGAUACCAGUCGAGGAUGGAAAGUCGCUCACUCACGGUGAAAUUGUUAAGUUUUGGAAACAGAACAGUGACAAGUCAUCACACUUUGAACACAGGCUCAGAGUCAAAGUUGACGACCCCAAAGUUCUAACCAGACAACAAAGCAAGGAUUCUGCCCAGGCCUCGGUGAUUCUCGAAGACUCCGGAAGUCAGUUCCAUUCAUUGGGUGAGAAAACACCAUCUAGUGGUACAGAAAUAUCACAGCUUCAGCAACAAAUUGGUUUGCUCACUAACAAGAUAUCGAGGCUUGAAAACGAUUCUCGCUGGAUGCGGAGAAGAAUGCGCCACAUGAUGGGGCUGUUGUUCAUCGUCAUUAUAUUAUUGUUUUUUCUGCUUUAUGAAAUCACAAUGGUGUCAUAUAGUCUGUCAUCUGCAAAUCAGUCAUGCUCGAGCGCUUCUUAAUGACGCAAUCAUGCAAGGGAUUAUAGAUUAAUUAUGAUACUGACUUAUAUGGAGAGACCGAAUCAAAUUUAAGGUGCUCCCGAAGUAUAUUUACCAAGAUGGCGCACAACCUGAACAUAGUAUGUGUACCAGGUUAUGAUUCAGAUUGUGCAUCAUCUUGGUACACAUACUUCCGAAGCACCAAAUUUAAUAACUAUGCAUUUUUCCAGUAAUUCCAGUUUUUUGUCUAUUUAAUAUUCAAUAUCGGGAUAGUGGAGUCGAUGAAAUAUUCAAUACAGUGGCGAUCUCAGGGUAUUCAUUUACGGCCCACGUAACGAUCAAAUAUGGCCAGCUGAAUAUAAGUGAAAUAGUUUAACGAAUGUUUUUUUUUCUUUUUGCGUACUAGAUACUGCAAUCGUUACAUCAUUAUCUACAGGCGCUCUCUGUCCCGCGAAUAUCCUUCCUUUUCUAAUUUUGGCUACUACUGGCUACUACUGAAGUCCAGAACCUUUUUAUUGGACUUGCGUAAUUUACUUGAGUAUAUCUGCGGAACAUAAUGCAUCAAAUUGUGUCACCCUUGGCUAGCUAUCAUCUAGGUAUGCAAAGCCAAACUAGGUUGUGUAAAAAGUGUGGACCUUCCGAAGUAUGCGCACAAGAUGGCGCACAACCUGAACUCAGGUUGUGUGUACCAGGUUGAGGUUCAGGUUGUGCGACAUCUUGGUGCGCAUACUUCAGGAGUACCAAAAUUGUUUCCGUUGCGCUGUAGUCAUUUGGGUGUAGAGUGUUUCUGGAUCUCAUGUGUGUGAAAAGCGUUUCUUUAAAAACAGUCAAUCUAGUAACGAAGAUAGACCCAAAACUGUACUCAACGAUUUCAAAGAAUUUUUUCCGAUUUGUCCGAAUUAGAAACUUCAUUUGUCUAAUUUGGACCUUUGAUAAACUUGUCAUCUGGUGCAAAGUCAGAAAUGAUGAAACUUCAUUCAUAGUAUUGUAUAAUAAGUUACACAGGUGUACAAAGUCUCUGAAAUGGGGGCUCCCGAAGUAUGCGAACCAAGAUGACGGACAUCGGAAUGUAAUAUGUGUACUAAGUUAGGGUUAGGCCAUAAUUUUAGCUAUAAAUACUACGGGAGGCUCUUGGCUAGCUUUCGAACUGAUAAUAGGACUAAAAUAAGGAAAAUUGGAAAAAAAUUAUCGCCUAACCCUAACCUGUUACCCAUGUUUACGUUCCAAUGUCCGCCAUCUUGGUUCACAUACUUUGGGAGCACCCUGAAAUGAUUAGAAUCUUUCUUUUUCUAACAGUUUCUUUUACUUUGGGUUUCAGCUUUAAUGCUAACCUUCUUGCGAGCAUACCUAAGCUAAACGUGAUGUGCUAUCUAUCAAAAAUACCUAAAACAAAUUGAAUAUUUAAUAUUCAAUAUAUUACAGCAAAAUGUUAAAAUUGAGAAAACAUAUAUUUUCAUUUGAAAACUGAACAUUUUGAGCGCUUGAUAUGAAAAUAGCAGACAAUUUUCAUUUGAUUUUUCUGUAUAGGUCCCUCAUAUCACAUGCAAGUUUCUGACUGUAUUUAGAUUUUUGUUGUAAUGUCAGGGUUCUAAGCAUUCUUUUGCCGCUUUUUCUGCCAAAUAGAAAUUUUGUCACAUUUGAAACAUUGACAAACUGUCAUCUGGUAUGCAAAGCCAGAAAAGAUAAAACAUUGUGAAAAAAGUUACUGAGUAUGGGUCAUAUAAGUGUUCAAAGUCACUAGCGUUGAAAGAGUUCACAAUAUUUAAAUUCAAACUUUCUUUUACUUUUGGAAUGGAUUCUUGCUCUUCUGCUAAGCUGACAGCACAAUUGAGCUGUGGGUUCAAAGCAGUUCUCAUAUUUGAAUGCAUUAGGAAUUAUUUAUAUUAGAGAUUCCUAAACUUUUCGAUACGCAAUCUUCUGCAAAUACAUACAUAUUUAGCAUUGUAUGACAGUGCUGUGAGGCUCGGCUUGUCUCGAACUUGAGUCAUUGUGUAUCAAAGUGACACGAACAAUUCGAAUGAAAAGGCUCAGACUCGACCAACAGGUAUACUUGCCUCAACAUGGGUAAUUCGAUGUGACUCUGGGUAGUUCUCAUGCCAUAGUUUGGCCUUCCCUGGUCUAGGGACUUCCCCCUCCCCCCAAACAUUGCAUAAUACAUAUUUCAACUUGUACCACCUUUUUAUGGCUCUAAUGAGAUUAUAAUUAUUUUUUAAUUAGCUCAUUUUUUUGUUUUGUGCGUCAUCGAAUUUGAGACAUAAAACAGGACUACCUUUUUUGAAUUGUCAAUUUUUUAUAUAGCGAUCUUCAUUAGCAAUUAUAAUAUGAUUUUCUUCGAACAUAAUAUUUCUCUGUAAGCCCUGAAUUAACAUACAGAGUACUAGAAGGUGUAUUGUCUUGUAAUGGAGAUGUAUGUGCACCAAGAUGUUGCACAACCUGAACAUAGUAUGUGUACCAGGAUGGGGUUCAGGUUGUGCGCCAUCUUGGUGCACAUACUUCUGGAGCGCCAAAAACCUUACAAGAACCACCAAUUUUACCACAUGUUAACAUGGCUACAUUUUUUCAUUCGUUGUAUGCCUUUUCUUUAGGAAUAAUCAUUUUUAGAAUUUCAAGUAAAUGCAGAGGAAAGUGUUAAUUUCUUGUUCGUGAAAUUCAACCCUCUCCCACCCAGAGUGGGAAAUGCAGUGUUAGCGAAUUCAUAUGCACUCACUGCAGAGUUAUUGUAGCAUAAAUCAAAAAACAGCCUGAUUAUUUGAAUUCAUCAAUUUGCCAGCUUUUUUCGUUCCAGUUAAAAAUUGUCCAAAUGUGCUUUCAUUCAGCUGCCCCAGUUUUCCAUUCUUUCUUUCACCACUUUCUGCUUGCUAUUCAGCGAUGAUAUUCUCACAAAAUAAGCCAUAUAUACUAUUAUAAGUCAUUAUUAAUUUGCUUUAUCACGUAUUGGUGGGGCAAAUCUGGUGAUCAUUUGAGGUAAUAAAUUCUUUGACAAGUU